AGUAGUUUUAAUGUCAUUCAUUACUAAAUCACCAGUUGUUUUAGGUUUGUUAGCAGGAUUGAGUGUUCCCCCAAUCAUCACCAAAGUAGUUUUGGUUCCAUCUUUGAUCCAAUCAAAGUAUGAUGAAAUCGAUAGUAUCAAACAUGACUUAGAUUAUAUAGGAUGGCAUGUACGUAACAUGGAAGAAGUCAAAGGUUACAAGGAGGAUGACAUCUACGUUCCUGUAAGCUACUUUCAAGGUCGUUAUUGAAAAGAGCCUUCCCCUCCUUUUUACUACUCACGAUUUUUUAGUUCUUCUAUACCUGGUUACGCAGC